AUGUACACUCGCAGUAGGCUGUUGGGCUCCGGGCUUGGCUCCUCCUCCGCCUCCCGCUCCGCCCGGGACCCCUCUGGGCAGCCUCGAGAGCCCGACCCGCUGCAAGGCCCGGAGCAAGGUUUGAAGGCGACUUCAGAGAACCCUUUUCGGGAGAGAGUGGAGCACACGAGCCAGAGACUAGUAGGUGCAUACACCUUGAUAGCACCAAAUGAAAACAGAAGAAGUCAGAUACAAAGGGUUGCUGAGAAAGAGCUAGAGAACCUGGCAAAGUGGAAGGAGCAACAUAGAGCGAAGCCAGUUCACCUGAUGCCGAUGCGGCUAGGUGGAAGCGAAUCAGAGGCUGAAGUCAGGCAGAAACAACAACUCCAGCUGAUGCAAUCUAAAUACCAGCAGAAGCUAAAAAGAGAAGAAGCUGUAAGAAUCAAGAAGGAAGCUGAAGAAGCUGAAAUCCAAAAAAUGAAGGCAGUUCAGAGAGAAAAGAGUGAAAAACUAAAGGAGAAAAAAAGACUUCAAGAAAACCUCAGAAGAGAAGCAUUUAGAGAGCAUCAGCAAUACAAAACUGCUGAGUUCUUGAGCAGACUGGAGACAGAGUUGCCAAACAGAAGUAUCUGUCAAACUGCUCAUCAUAAUCCACAAUCUUCACCUUGGGCCAGAAGCCAGGUGUAUAAGGAUUCUCUAAAGGAAGAAGAAAAUCGAAAAUUACAAAAGAUGAAGGAAGAACAACAUCGGAAGAGUGAAUUACUGGAAUUUAAACAACAGCAACAGGAGGAAGAAAGAACCAGAAACCAUCAGGCUGAGCACAGGAGGAUAUAUAAGAAAUGUUUACUUAACAUCUGGCCUUUGUCAACUGGCCUUGAAAACACCCAUGAGAUACUUUCUUUAAGUGCAAUUUUGUUCACCAUCACUGCUUUCACCUUGACUUCAACUGACUACCCACACAGCUAGCUGAGCAGCUGGGUAUGACAGGUUUCUCCCUGUCAUUAUUUAAGCAUAUUUGCAGGUGCUGAUUACUAAACUCAUAUUUAAUCUCUAUUGCCAAUGAAAUGUUACAGUAUUUUUUCUACUGGUUUUUGCCUCUUAUUGGAAGUACAACUACAGCAAUGUUAGUAAGAUAGAAUAUGAGAGCAUUCUUUGAUGCUUUCUGGUUAGUGAGAGCUAUGGGUGCUGCAUGCAUAUCUGUCUAAGCGGCUAAUUCUCAGAUCAGAUUAGGAAAGCUUUGGGCUCUUUUUAGCUUUUAAUCCCUACUUAAUUCAGUGUAUAAACAUGAGCAAAAAUUAUUUUAAUCUCUUUGAAACAAACUAAAUAAAUUUUGAACUACCUUUGUAUAAAUGGUUUACUUUUAUUUUAAAUGAAAAGCUCUUGAGUUUUUCUCUCUUGAGGGGUCUCAUUUUUAUGUUCUCCUUUAUAAUUCAUAUAGAUAAAUAUAGUACUGGAAUCACUAUGGGAUCAGCUUUGGUCUGAUUUAUUUACUAAUACUGUUUCUCUGGUUUUUCAAAGUGGGACAGUUAAUUUCCUGAAAGUACAAUAUUUCUAAAAAUUAACCAGACACAAAUGUAGUUUGUAAGUGUUUUGGAAAAUUGUCUUUGCUAUAUGGAACCUAUUUCCUAUUGCAAAUUCAGUCGACUUUUUGAUCCUACUUUUAUAGCCUUCAACAAGUUUGUAGACUCCAGAGUGCAGGAAUAUUGGUUUUCCGUGCUGCAUGCUGCGGUCCCCCUCCAUAGGAAACACUGCAUUCAGUCUUAGAAUGAAGAUUGGAGGAAUGAAUAAUUUUUGCAGCUGGACAACUAAUAAUAAUACUUUGCAGCUUUAAGAGAUCUUUUGUGGUACCAAUUGCUCUGUUAAAAUUAACUUUCCAUAUCUGUGUAUUGAGGGAAAUAUUGGGACUUCAGGUUCUUAGGCCAAGGCUAGGGGGUGGGGACUCACAGAAAGAUGGCAAGAGUGGAGUAUAGAAAGGACCACAUUUUGGGAUAGUGGUGAUGGCUGAGGACAGAUGGUUUGCACCUAGUUUUUCCGGAGUAAAUAAUGCAGAUACCAUUGGUUUCCUCCUCUUCUGCCAGCUGAAGCUGUAUUGGUGCCAUUGACACUAACAUAAAAUGUUUCGACCAUUUGAAAUUUUUGCUAUUACCUCAUCCUGGGUUAGAAGCACUGCCUAACUGAUGGUAAAUGUGGGAUUUUUGCGAGCAUUUUACUGCUGUGGCCUGUGGCCAUUUCAGCCCUACACCUGCCAGUCUAGUGACCUGACAGUCCACAGUCUGUUCAGGUUUUGUGUUUAAGCUCAGCAUUCCUCACUUGCUGCGGUUAGCCAGGGUGUCCCCAGGAACUGAUGUAAGGGAAAGGGAUGCUUUCUUACUUUGGGGGUUCUCAGGAAAGUUGGACUCGAUACCUCUUCCACUGCCUGCUAUAGCCUGCAUUUCCAAACAAAGACAUUUUGUUCGGGUAUCUGUUUUCAUUUUCUAAAAAAUCAUUGUGCUGCUAUGGAAAAUUGUGACUUCACAGCCAAAAUUAUCUAGAAUAUGACUGGGGUUGUAAAUAUCUCCUUUCAAUAAUUCUCUAUUUAGGUGGAAGUAACCAGAAAAGAAAUAAUAGUUUUGUUGUGUAAGGGAGUAGACCACUUUAUUUUCCACAUUUAAUCUGCCUUGUUGAAUCAAUUAAAACAAAAUUUGACUUGUGGUUAACUCUAGAUAGGCAUCCCAAAUUCCUAACACCAUCCCCAUGCUUUCAGUUCUUUCUUUUUCUGAGAAAUAAAAUAUAAGCAAGAUGGAUUGUUACAAAAGUAAUAGGUGUUUAUUAUAGAAACUUUAGACACAAUGAUGAAUAAUAAAAAGAAAAAACUAGUAGUUUUCACAUUUUAUGUCUGUAGGUAAUCAGGGUUCAUAUUUUGGCAUAUACCCCUCCAGAUAUUUUUCUAUCUGUAUGUGUCUCAAAAUCCACGUGAUAAAAACUCUUAUGGACACUGUCUAAUGACUGGUUGAGGACAAACACCUGGACUUAGAACUGGUGGUUCUAAUGUAAAUCCUACUUAUAAGUGUUUUGAUAUGUGUAGUCAAAUUACUUCCCCAAAGGUGGCACCAAUAUUUAUUACUACCAGAAGUAUGCUCUAUACUCUCCCCAAUAUAAUUAGUUGCUCUCAAAUCUUUGCUUACAUGCUAAGUGAAAAAUGCUAUUGGUAGCGAUUAACCCCCUUUUCUCCAUAGGUUUACUGGUCAUUAUUUAUUUAUUUUGCAUGUGUAUGUGUAGCAUAGGUGAUUUGUAAAAGGUCUCUGUGAAGACAGUAUGUUGUAAAUAUUCUCAUUUUUAUAUAUCUUUAAUUUAGUAAUGUUUAAUACUAAAGUUUUAAGUAUUUGUGUAUUUGGAUCUAUUAAUCUUUUUUCCUGUGUAGUUUCUUCUUGGUAUUAUGUUAGAUUUUAAAAUGUACAAAGCUACACCCCACCCAGUGCCCCAUUUUGAGAACAUGAAGGAUUUUCCCUCCCACUGGGUGUGGUUUGAGCAGUACAGGGCAGGGUGUCUUUCUCCAUGCCUAGCACAGACCGGAGCACCCAUGUGUGUCUUCACACUGGAGAAAUAUUUCCUCUGGUUCAUAAAGACUUUGUUUACAUUAAAAAACAUUGGAUGUAUUAUUUAUGAUUUAGGAU